AUGAUAACAUGUUCUCUACUUAAAGUGACUAACCAAACACUGACAGUUACUAUUGAUGUGCAGAAUUUACAGUUGUCAGCCCAUUUAACCUGUGUAUAUGCCAGAUGUUCGAGGUUACUCAGAAGACCUCUUUGGGAGGAAUUGGAAGCCCUUUCGACUUCUCUGCUUGGCCCGUGGGGAGUGUGCGGGGAUUUCAACGCCAUAACUGAAAUUGCUGAAAGAAGAAGCAGAGGAGAGUUUGAUGUCAGAAGCACUAGGGAAUUUUCGAAAGUGAUUGAGAACGCGGGACUGAUUGACGCAGGUUUCUCGGGGUCUCUCUACUCAUGGUGCAACAACCAAUCAGGCUCAGCCAGAAGCUGGGCAAGGCUAGAUAGGGUGCUUAUCAACAUCCCUUGGGUUUCCAAUUUUACACGGUUCAAAGUCGAUCAUCUACCUCGGGUAAAUUCAGACCACAACGCAAUUCUCCUGUCUUUCCCUCCCCAACAGUCAAGCAGCUCAAAACCGUUCAGGUUCCAGAGGAUGUGGACGAAGGAUGAUUCUUUCCUUUAG